AUGGCCGUGGCGAUCGGAGCAUCGUCGCACCGCCUCCUUGUUGGACUCACGCCGCACAAUGUCUGCGUGGGCUUCCUCAUCGCCAUGUACAUUCGCGAGUAUGAAGCAUGCAGCAUGUCCAUGGACGUCCAUGCGAACGAUGGCAUCAACCCACAUCAUGCGUUGGCGGUGUUCCUCAUGGAACACACAUGUGGAUCCAGGUCAAGCGGUCCGUUGACAUUUGCCGCCUUUUGUGCUGCCCUGGAUACGAUCAACCCAACGUGGUCGAUGGAGUUCCAGGUCGUGAUGCGUCGCCUGAGCACGCGCUCGGUCCAUGACCUCGCCGAGUGUCUGGUCACGUUGUGUCUCCCUGGAACAGACGACGUGCUCGUAGCGUCGACCCCAUUCGGUCGGUUCGCACGCAUGCUCGCUCUUGCGAUCCACUCGGCGUUCUUCGACGGCCUUUGCAUUUUGCGCGACCACAUGCAGUCCUUCGUCGCUCCCUCCACCCCUUCCGUCCCCACCACCGCCGCUCCAUCCUCUCUCCUCGACACCGACCAUUCAUCCCCUAUCGACGACGUCCAUUUCCGCACCGCUCUCCAAACCGACCCGACAUCUCCCCGCCUCCUCUUCGCGCGCUACGUAAACUUCCAGCGGCGCCGUGAGUUCCUAGGAGCAUUAGAUGCGUUGCACGCAUACCACAACAUCGCCCUCCACGUCGCGACCGACGUGCCCGACAUGAAGCGCUUCGGACCGCAUUACGCAUCGCUCAACCUCGCCAUCUUCUACUGGACCUUCGGCCAUCCCGCCAAGGCCACCGCCGCGCUCCAUGAGGCCGUCCGCGUCGCGCAGAGCGCGCGAGACAACGUGUGUGUCGCGUAUGCAUUGAGCUACCUCUUGCAAUGGGAUUGUGCCCCAUUUGACCUCCAGCGAGCGCUUCAUUGCAUGUCCAUGGCGGACGCCGCGGGGCUGCCGCGCCUAUCGCUCCUGGCCAAGUUGACGUGCAUCCAGCACGGCAGCUCCGCUCCUCCGUCUACUCCUCCGUCUGUGCAGCCCCUUCGAUCGUGGCUGGCGGUACAGGCAUGUGGAACUGCCGCGAACGCCGCCAUCACGACACCUCCCCCGUCGUCCUUGGCGAGUGGGGAGAUGGAGCCCAAGCAGGCCAAGCUGGAGGCGUGGGUGCACACCCAGGUGCAGAUCGGACUCACGCAAGCCGCGGUGUGGCGGCGCCUGGGCUUUCGAUCAAUGCAGCGCCUGGCGUUGGCUAGGGUUUGGGUUAUGCUGUCUCCACCACACACGGCCGAACACUCGGUCCACGACAUUGCCCUUUUGCUCUGCCAUCAAGCCGACAUGCAGUUGGCAGCUCCACAGGACGGGUCGUCGUCUGCGACUAGUCCUACUACUACUAGUACUACUACUACUCCUACUACGUGGACAAACUCGACGUUGUACGCCCCGGCGCUUCGGCAGUUAGUAGCUUCGGUGCUCCACUUGGACGAGGGUACUACUAGUAGUACUACUAGUUCUGCCCACAAGGCCACCAGCGACGUCGUGUGGCAAGACAUGGUCAUGCAGCAGACAGUUGUCCGCAUUUGCUUUGAAUGGGCGCUGGCGACGAUGGAACUGCGUAAAGCAGAAACGUACUUGCAUAUAUGGGAGGCAUUGCACUCCACCUUGAUGCCAUUAGGGGAUGACGUGGAGCUGGCUCUGGCCAAAGGUAAUCCUUGUCGUCGUGUGUCCAGUUGAUAGUAUUGUCGCAUGCUGACGACUAGCGCGGCUCUACCGGCGGCAAGACAGACCGCAGGAUGCAUGGAAGCUCCUUCAAGGAGUUCCAAAAGUAGAGUUGCCGCCGUAUGGCCGCGCCCAAGUGAUGCUCCAGCUCUCGCAUGUACUUUGCACAGAAUGAGAUGGAUAUGACACGCUGAUGAGACUAGGUCACACUGCAUGCUGACGCGCCGUUCAAUGCGCUCCCGGCGUUGAUGGAAUGUUUGGCGCUGUGCGAAGACAUCGGAAGCGAAGUCCUCAUGGCACAGGCAAAGGUGCUGCUCGCGCGGCUGUAUGUGGCGAUGGAACGAGCGGAGGAUGCAGUCGCGCUGUUGGAAGAGAUCUGUCCUUACGUACUGUACAUGCUCGUUUCAAAAUGCCGCAGCAGUGAUGGGGAAUGCUUGCGUGCGUAGGUGCUCGAGCAUGGAGGGUGGAAGCUGCAAGCCGAGGUGGGGCUCGAGAUGGCCAAGGCAUAUUUUGUCUUGCAAGAGUACGACAAGUGUCUGGUGGUGUUGGAGCCAAGCAAAGUUGCCGCGGUGAACGCGGAGGACUUGCUUCUCGGUGUGGAAGUUGGGAUGAUGAUUGCACGAGUCUACCACAUGCGGCAGGAUUGGGAAGCGCGGGACCGCGUCGCGGACGAGUGUCUGCGGUGGAACGAGUCGAUGGAAGCGAGUCGGGAGAGGGAGGCCGCUGACGUUGUGUCGGUCCUGGAGGGUCCUCAUGCCCUCCUCCGUGUUCUCAGUGAUCGUGGCAUGUGAUUCCGACCUUGUUGACUUUUCAGAUCCAGCUAGCCAAUCAAAACAAGGCAAGAAUUAUUUACCAGAACUUAUUACUACAAUAAGAAACCUUAAAUAGGA